AUGGCGAAUACCACGGUCUCCACGCUCCCUCCCGAUCUGUUUGACCAGACUACCCUCAUUUCUCUUGCUUCAACCGUCGCGAUUCUCGCCGUCGCCUACGGAGCAUCACUCAAGGCUCUGUCUUCUUCGACCUCGGGAAGCUUGCGUUUCCUUUUCAUUUGGCAUGCAUUCGACGCAUUAACCCACUUCAUCCUCGAAGGCAGCUUCCUCUACCACUGCUUCUUCUCGUGGCUGCCCGUGGGCGAGGUGACGCUCAAGGAGCUGCAGGACCAGAAGUACUACAAUACUCCGCACGGCUUCUUAGGCCACUCAGACCGCAUUUACGGUUCCCAAGCAGGCGGUGAAAACCCCUUUGCGCAGCUAUGGAUGGUUUACGCGAGAGCGGACAAGCGCUGGGCAGGCGUUGAUCUUGGCGUCGUCAGCCUCGAGCUACUCACAGUUUUUAUCAUCGGGCCCUUGGCGUGCCUUGUGUGCUACGAUAUUGCGAAGAAAAACCCUCGCGCGAACAUCGUCAUGACGAUGAUUGCAACGGCCGAGCUAUACGGUGGAUUCAUGACGUUCUGCCCUGAGUGGCUUACGGGCAACCAAUAUCUCGAUACGAGCAACUUUAUGUACAAAUGGGUGUACCUGAUCUUCUUCAACGUACUCUGGGUGUUCAUCCCCAUAUAUGCCCUCUAUGUCGCCUCUGGCGAGAUCAUGGAUGCCUUCAAGGUCAAGAGCGCAGGUCAGAAGAGCAAGAAGACGAAAUAG